GUUGUUGAGAAUUCAAUUCAGUUUCUUUGUUUUUGAAUUUCCCUUAAACAGAUUGAGCCAUGGAAAGUAAUAGAUAAGAGUAAUAUCUCUAUCUAAAUUUCAUGUUACUCAAAGCCUAUUCAAUUAUCCUGAUUUAUCAUCACCUAAGUCUACCUUUUUAAUAAGCCUAAUGACGGGCAAAUUUAGAUUAACAGUAUGGGACCCAAUACUUAUUACUUCCCAAAUUUUAACCAUCCAAGCUUUAUUUUAUACUUCCCUUGCCAUCCUGAUCUAUGUUGUCGACUGUAUUUACGUUGAAUCACCCUCAUUAACUCACAUAUUUACUUAUCAAAUAAUGACGAUUAAAUCUGGUCAUAAUAUACUCAUCAUAUUAAGUUAUCUCAUUAACGCUGUUUGUGGAUCUUUCUACUUAUGGUAUUUUGUUGGCAGAGCCAAGCCAUGUCUAGACUAUUCAGCGACGUGCUAUGUUGUACAUUUAAUUGUUUCUUGGGUUUAUAAUGGAUAUUUUCCAAAUACAUGGUCUUGGUGGAUAUUAAAUGUCAUUAGUGCAUCAUUAAUGUGUAUUUUUGGUGAAUACUUAUGCAUGCAAACAGAAAUCAAAGCAAUUCCUCUGCUCUCCUCUGGAGCUGAUGUAUAAAUACCUCUUGUUUUUCAUUUUUUUUCAUUCUCCAGAUAGAUUUAUUUCUUAUUUACUUUUUUGUUUAUUUAUUAAUUUAUUUAUGAAAUCUCAAAUCAACUUAUUUAUAGCGCGAAAGCUUACAAAUCUCAUGAAAAUUAAGAUCAAAUAUCAAUAAAAUGAAAACAUUUUUGAUUGAUGAAAA